GCUUCCAAAGUUCAAACUCUAAUGCAAACGUUUGAAUUAGCAUCAUAAAUACGACCAAGGUUCAACCUGCUCCAGAGAUUGUAAACCACUCCCUUCCCCCCCAAUCCUGAUACUUUAUUUCUUGCUCCCCACCCAGCAAGUGUUCAGUAAAGAUUUGGCUUCUGGUGUGAUGUGACAUUCUCUGGCUCUGAGAGGUAAAAAGAAAAAACAAUGGCACAACAGGUAAACCAAACGGACGAGGUCAAAAUGUGCUGUUCCAUCUGUCUGGAUCUCCUGAAGGAUCCCGUGACUAUUCCCUGCGGACACAGCUACUGCAUGAGCUGUGUUAAGAGAUUCUGGGACCAAGAAGAUAAGAAGAAAAUCCCCUCUUGUCCUCAGUGCAGACAGACGUUCAAGCCGCGUCCCGUCCUGGUGAAAAACACCUUGUUGGCUGAGUUAGUUGACGACCUGAAGAAGUCUGGACCUCGAGCGGUGCCGGCCGGUGAACGCGUCGCUGGACAGGGCGAUGUUGCCUGCGAUAGCUGCGCUGGGAGGAAGUUGAAAGCCUCAAAGUCGUGUUUAGUUUGUGUGGCUUCUUACUGUGAGCAACACCUCCAACCCCACUAUGAAUCUCCAACUUUUAAGAAACAUAAACUUGUUGAAGCCUCCGUUAAGCUGCAGGAGAACGUCUGCUCUCGCCAUGAUGAGGUGAUGAAGAUGUUCUGCCGCACCGAUCGUCAGACUAUCUGCUACCUCUGCUCUGUGGACCAACACAAAGGCCACGACUCGGUCUCGGCUGCGGUGGAAAGAACAGAGAAGAAGAAGGCGCUCUGCGAGAGUCGGAGAAUAAUCCACCAGAGAAUCAAGGACCGGGAGGAAGACAUGAAGACACUCCUGCAAGAGAUCAGGACGAUCAACCAAACGGCUGACGAGGCAGAGGAGGAAAGAGAGAAGAUCUUCUCUGAGAUGAUCUCCUUCAUCAAAAAGAAAAAGUCCGAUGUAAAGAAGGAGAUCAGAUCCAGGCAGAAGACUGAAGUGAAUCAGGUCAAACACUUGCAGGAGAAGCUGGAGCAGGAGGUCGCUGAUCUGAGGAGGAAACUCGCUGAGCUGGAGAAACUCUCAAACACAGAGGAUCCCAUCCAAUUUCUUCAAGGUUAUUCCUCAAUUUCCCAACUUCCCGAGUCCACAGACCCACCAAGACCAAAAACCAAUCGCCGAAAGCACGUUGAGGACAUCAUAGCAGCCGUGAAAGAAGCCAGAGACAAAUUUCAGGCGAUUCUUUCCAGGGAAUCUCCUUCAGCAGAGCCGGCGACCAGAGGCGAGUUCUUACAAUAUUCAUGCGAGAUCGCGCUGGAUCCAAACACAGCCAACAAGUUUCUGGUUCUAUCAGAGGGGAACAGAAAGAUAACCUUUGACGGGAAAAACACAGCUUAUAUUCAACACCCAAACAGAUUCAUUCACUCCCCUCAAGUUUUGAGUAAAGAGGGAUUUAGUGGACGCCGUUACUGGGAGGUGGAGAUGAGCAGGGACGCGUCAGUCGCUGUCGCUUACAAGAGCAUCGGCAGAUCAGGAGACUUGAACGAGCGCGUUUUUGGAUGCAACGACAAGUCUUGGGUUUUACAAUGUGGCGGCAGUGGUUAUAACUUCAGACACCACAACCGCUCAACUUCUGUCUCGGGCCCUAAAUCCUCCAGAGUAGGAGUGUACCUGGAUCACAGCGCAGGUGUUCUGUCCUUCUACAGCAUCUCUGAAACCAUGACUCUCCUCCACAGAGUCCAGACCCGGUUCACUCAGCCGCUCUACGCCGGACUCUUUCUGUUCGGCUCCAAUGGAGAUACUGCCAAGUUCUGUGCAUUAAAGUAGUUUUUUCUUUUUUAGAGGGAUGGUUUCAUAUAAAGGAAAUGUAUUACAUUCUGACAUGUUGCUUUUUCUUUGAAGGGAUGAUUUGUUGUUUUGCCUGUUUUGACGUAAUGUUGAUAAAGUGAUGGAAAAUACGA